GCGGCCCCGGCUGGGAGCUGCGGCCGUUGCGCUACCGUGAGGAGAGAGCGGCGAAGCGACCUCCGGCCCCGCUCGGCACCAGCCGCCCGGCGGGCCCGACAUGAGCCUGGUCUGGCAUCUGCGGGAUGCUCCUUGAGCCCCUCCGCCGGCUGUUACCUCCAGGGGACCGUAGUGGCCACACCGACACGUAUUUUCCAAAUAAAUCAUUCUUUAUUCUUGCGGCGGCGGGCCGAACAACCUUAUUUAUUUUUAAUUUCUUCGACAAGCAUUUACCCAGCACUUAUCCAGUGAAGCAAGCUGGUGACCGUUCAAGGGAGCACCCGCUCGGCUAGGAAACCUCGGACAGAGCCGCUCGCUGCACGUUCCUCCUCAAAUGCUUUGAAGGCUGUGGCACUCCCAGGGAGCACAGAACCCCACUCCUGGAACGACUUGGUCCAGCGAUGCAAAGAACUGAAGCAACGAGGGUUUGCUAGAUGCGGGGGGUUUCCCCAACUGCGAACCGCUCAGUGGUCAGCUUAAGGGGAUCCCCCAGUGCACGCCCUUCUCUUCCAGCCUGUCCAAGUGCUUUUAUUGACUGGAAGAGCCUGCAUUAUCCUCACGUUAAUAUAGAAGAAUUCAAGAUAAGAGAGGCAGAAGCGAAUGAAGACUAUAAAAGAAAAAAAGAAGAAACGUCAAAGAUUGAGAUCCUAUCCAGCAAGCUGCCUCAAAGAGGACAGUCCAACAGAGGUUUCCAUGGGUUUCUGCCUGAAGACAUCAAAAAGGAGGCGGUCCGGGCUUCUAGAAAGAUCUGCUUUGUGUGCAAGAAGAAGGGAGCUGCCAUCAACUGCCAGAAGGAUCAGUGCCUCAGAAACUUCCAUCUGCCUUGUGGCCAAGAAAGGGGUUGCCUUUCACAAUUUUUUGGAGAGUACAAAUCAUUUUGUGGAAAACAUCGACCAACACAGGAUAUCCAGCGGGGGAGUGUAGGGGAAGAAAGCUGUGUCUUGUGUUGUGAAGCCUUAUCCAAAGCAAGUGUUGAAAACAUCCGGAGCCCGUGUUGUAGUCAAACUAUCUACCACCGCAAGUGCAUACAGAAAUAUGCUCACACGUCAGCAAAGCAUUUCUUCAAAUGCCCACAGUGUAACAAUCGAGAAGAGUUUCCUCAAGAAAUGCUAAGAAUGGGAAUUCAUAUUCCAGACAGAGAUGCUGCCUGGGAACUGGAGCCAGGGGCUUUCUCAGAGUUGUAUCAGCGUUACCAGCAUUGUGAUGCCCCCAUCUGUCUGUAUGAACAAGGCAGAGACAGCUUUGAAGAUGAAGGGAGGUGGUGCCUCAUUCUGUGUGCUACAUGCGGAUCUCACGGAACCCAUAGAAACUGCUCCUUUCUUAGACCCAGUAGUAAUACAUGGGAGUGUGAAGAGUGUGCACCUUCUGCUGAAGCCACAGACUACACACCUGAAAACUCAGGGGACAGCCCCUGCUGCAGCAGUACCUUCCACUUCGAGGAGCAUUUCUGCAGAGACACUGGCCUGGAAGAGAAUCCGGGCCCUUCUUGGACUGAUUGGCCAGAAUCUUCCUUAUUAGAAAAGCCAGAGUCCUCUGGUGGCAGGAGAGGCCACUCCUGGUUGUCCAAGGGUGUCAAAAUUACUAAGAACUGCAAAAAAUCCAAGUAACAGCUUUCAAGUAGUUGCUGCCAAAUACAUCGGGUAGAAGCUGUGCUCCUCCAUCGGGUUAGGGGGAGAGAACACUUUGGGACUGUGAGACAAAGACAGGGCCCCAGCAUGGAGACUAUGAACCAAGGAAAGAGAAGUCCCGGGGGAUUGUGAGGACAGAGCAGAGUUCAGAUGGCAAUGGAAUGUGGUUACGGCUAGGAGAGUCCCUCUGUUCUCUCUGACCCAAGAGGGGCCUUUUUCUCCUCUUCUUCCUCUGAGAUUAUUUCACCUUAAUCUGGUUCUCAAAUGCUUCCUCUCACUUCAUCCACAUUUGUGAAUACGCAAAUAAAGGUUUUUCUCUCCA